AUGGAAUUGAAGGAAGUUCUUCACAUGAAUGGAGGAGAAGGCGAAACAAGUUAUGCCAACAAUUCUUUGAUCCAAAAAGAAGCUAUGUUAAAGGCAGAGCCGUACCCAACUCAAUACUGUUGGUCAGGGAGAGCCUUGAAGAAUUCCAGUCCUUGUUUCAUAGCUGCAGUGCCUGGAACUUUCUAUGGGAGGCUCUUCUCUAACAAUUUUGUUCAUACUUCUUACAGUCUUCAAUGGCGGUCUCAGGUUAGCCAUCUUUAUCUUAUCAGUUUCACCAAUAAUUUUCAAGAUACAUCACUAAAUGACAUGGUCCUGGAGGGGUUGAUUGAGGAGGAUAAAUUGGACCAGUUCAAUCUCCCCUGUUAUGCACCUCCUGUUGAAGAGGUUAAGCAGAUGAUUAGAACAGAAGGGUCUUUUAGCAGCCGAAAAUUUGAGAUAUUUACAGUGGAUUGGGCUCCAAAUGCAAAUAUAGAAGAUGGUAAAAAAGUGAGGUUUGAUAAACAAACAAGAGGGAAAUAUGUGGCAAUUUGCUUUAGAGUAGUUACAGAAUCCCUUUCAGAAAAUCACUUUGGGAAGGAGGUAAUAGACGAUUUGUUUGAGAGGCUUGCCAGGAAGAUAGUUGAGUACUUGGACGUGGAGAAAAGAGAAUGGUCCUUUCCUUAA